AUGGACUUAAGUGCUUUUGAGAGCAGCGUCUUUCUUGCAGUGUCGCCUGCACAGAGCGAAACGAGAGCAAUUGACAAUUUUGUCGUUCCACCCACAACGGGGACCAACCAAAAUAUACAGCUGCCCCCAACACCACAAAGACCAGCGCAUGCAAAGGAAUACCAUUUUCUUGAUAUUGAAUUAAAAUAUGGAUUUCUACAGGUACGUGCUCUUCAUAUGCAAACGAGUAUAAGCAAGUUAGUCGAGGCUUUAUCCUAUUUACACUAUUCUGGUCACGUAAUUCAUCGCAAUGUGUGUCCAUCAUCAAUUUUAGUAACCAAGCGAGGUACCUGGAAACUAGCUGGUCUGGAAUUUAUUGAAAGAAUGAAUGAGACUGAUUUAAAUGAUUCGAUACCUUGUCAACCAUGGAGUAGCAGAGUUUCAAAAAUGGCACAACCAAACUUAGAUUUUAUGGCACCAGAAACACAAAUAACCUCAAAAUGCAGUUUACUGAGUGAUAUGUUCUCCUUGGGUUUGGUUAUUUGUGCUGUUUUCAAUAAUGGACGACCAAUUAUACAAGCUGGAAAUUCAGCAUCCAAUUAUAUGAAACAACUAGAAACGUUGGAUGAAUCCGUACAGAAAAUGCUACCAAGAGUGCCAGUGCCAUUGCAAGAAGCGACUUCACGUUUAGUCAGUCGUGAUCCCACCGCAAGACCGCCAGCGCAACUAUUACAAUUGAUUAAGUACUUUGUACAACAGACAAUAGAAUCAACAGCAACAUCAACAACAACAGCAACAGCAACAGCAACAACACUUACAUUAACAAUGAAAACCGCAAUGGCAAUGGCAAAUGUCUGA